ACAAAAAUAUGAAAGAACCUAUGUUACCGUGAAGAAUCCAAUUUACAUGAAAAAGCUAUGCGCACACAUUAUAGUAUUUCAAGGACUCGGUCAAAACAAUCGUAGUAUAAAAGAACACAAGUUAUGCACAAGUUUUGAGUAGAGAUAUGAUGACAUCAAAUUCCAUUUUCGCAUUCAUUCUUGUUAUUUCCUCUUUACUUGCACUGUCUAGUGCAGUUUCCAUCAUAACUGCAAAUCAGUCCAUCAAGGAUGGAGACACUAUUGUUUCUUCUGAUGGACCUUUUGAGCUGGGAUUCUUCAGCCCAGGGAGUUCACAAAAUCGAUAUUUGGGAAUGUGGUAUCGCAUCUCUUCAUCAACUGUGGUAUGGGUUGCUAACAGAGAGAUCCCUAUCAACAGUACCUCAGGUGUAUUACACCUCACAACUUCCGGAAUUCUCAAUCUCUACAGAAAUGCAAGUGAUCUUACUCCAAUAUGGUCUUCCAAUACGUCAUUGUCUAUUCAGAAUCCAGUAGCAGAGCUUCGGGAAAAUGGAAAUUUUGUUAUUAGAGAAGAAGGUGAUAAUAACCCUGAUAAGUUCUUCUGGCAGAGUUUUGAUCAUCCAACUGAUACACUAUUAUCCGGAAUGAAGCUUGGGAAGAAUUUUGUGACAGGCCAAGAAUGGAAUCUGUCUUGCUGGAAGAAUAGUGAUGAUCCAGCUCAAGGGGAAUACACAUAUAGCUUGGAUCCUACUGGAUUGCCGCACAAUGUAAUACACAAAGGUCAAGAAUUGAUCUUUCAAACUGGAGCUUGGAAUGGUCUUCGAUUUAAUAGCAGGCCGACUUCUAGUGGUAACUCAAUGUACACCCACAAAGUUAUUAUUAGCAAAGAGGAAGUGUACUACAUGUUUGAGGUGAUCAAUAGCUCAGUAUCGCGGUUGAUAAUAAAUCAGAGUGGAAAAGGGCAGCGUUGGACAUGGCUUCAUGAAGCACAGAAAUGGAACCUUUUGUAUGAGAUACCGACUGAUAAUUGUGAUAAUUAUAACAUUUGUGGGGCUUAUGGUGACUGCAACAUUAAUAAAGGGCCUGUAUGUUCAUGUCUGGAGAAGUUUGUUCCGAAAAACAUUGAUGCUUGGGCCAAGGGAGAUUGGGUUAAUGGGUGUACAAGGAAGAAACCACUUAAUUGUGAAAAAGGAGAUGGAUUCCGCAAGUAUUCUCAUAUUAAAUUGGCGGAUACACUUUCCAUUUGGAUGGAUGAGGAUAUGAAUCUUAAGGAAUGUAAAAAAGCCUGCUUGAAAAAUUGCUCUUGUAUGGCUUAUGCUACUUUGAAUAUUUCAAAUGGUGAGCAUGGAUGUUUACAGUGGUUUGGGGACUUGAAAGACUUGAGAGAAGUACUCGAAGGAGGUCAAGAUUUAUUCGUAAGGGUGGCCUUCUCUGAUUCAGAUACGGCUAUAAUUGGAGCUACACUCGUAAUUAGCUUAUCAGUAUCAGCAGGAGUUUGUUUACUAGCUUUAACUUUGCCCUUUUGUAUAUGGAAAAUAAAGAAGUUACUGCUGAAGAGAUCGGAAGGAAGUGUCAGAAUUAAUUCAAAAGAACACAGCAAUAUGAGCCAUAGAGAAGAACUGGAUCUACCUUACUUUUGCUUAUCCGCGAUAAUUAAUGCGACUGACAAUUUUGCAACGGUUAAUAAGAUUGGACAAGGUGGAUACGGACCCGUUUUUAAGGGAAUAUUGGAAGACGGAAGAGAAGUAGCUGUGAAGUGCCUUUCAGAAAAUUCUUCACAAGGAAAUAAUGAGUUCAUGAAUGAAGUAAAAUUUAUUGCCAAACUUCAACAUCGAAAUCUUGUCAGGCUUAUAGGAUACUGCGCCGAUGGGGAAAACAAGAUGUUGAUAUAUGAAUACAUGCCUAAUAAAAGCUUGGACUGGCAUCUGUUUGAUGAAGUUCGCAACAAGUUACUGGACUGGCCCAAGCGCUUCCAUAUUAUUGGUGGAAUUGCUCGUGGUAUUCUUUAUCUUCAUCAAGAUUCACGGCUGAAUAUUCUUCACAGAGAUCUCAAAGCAAGCAAUAUUUUGCUAGAUAUUGAUAUGAAUUCGAAAAUCUCUGACUUUGGAACUGCAAGAAGUUUCAUGGAAAAUGACACCACAGCAAACACAGAGCAAGCCGUAGGAACAUUAGGCUACAUGCCCCCUGAGUAUGCAUUGGAAGGACUAUUUUCUGUAAAAUCAGAUGUAUAUAGCUUCGGAGUUCUGACGCUGGAAAUUGUGUGUGGAAGUAGAAACAGAGGAACCAUUCAUGGAGACCGCCUCCAAUAUCUACCUGAACAUGCAUGGAGACUAUUUAUAGAAGGCAGGUCACUGGAACUGGUGGAUCGGAACAUAACGUGUAAUCCUUGCUGCACGCUUGAAAUGGUACGCAUAAUCCAUAUUGCUCUCUUAUGUGUGCAACAAUGCCGUGAAGAAAGGCCAAACAUGUCGUCUGUGGUUCUAAUGCUUGGUAGCAGAGAAGAGUUGCCUAUACCUUCAAAACCUGGUUUCUUUUCUGAGAGAUAUACUGUUGGAUAUGAUUUUAGUGACAUUACUAUAUUACAAGGUCGAUAGAAUAAUCACAGGUGCACAAGGCAACUGCCAGUGCAUAUCAAGGAAAUGUUACAAGAAGAUUUUCUUUAAUUGUCACGUCUAAUUUAUUAUGUCCAUGUGGAAAGUAUGCACUAAUGAAUAAUGAUGGUAUUUGUUCAUGA